AUGUGGAUAUUUGGAAGAAAAGGAAAUUCUGGUUUCUCAUGUUGUUCAACUGCUGAGGAAGUUACUAAAGGAAUUAAUGGAUUUGGCCUCACUGCCAUUGUUACAGGAGCAACAAGUGGCAUCGGCGUGGAGACGACACGUGUCCUCGCCUUGCAGGGUGUGCAUGUAAUUAUGGCAAUACGUAAUAUGGGAAAUGGCAAAAAAAUUAAAGAAAAGAUAGUAAAAUCCAUUCCAAAUGCUAAAAUUGAUUUUAUGGAAUUAAAUCUAAGUUCUAUGGAGUCAAUAAGAAAAUUUGUCAAAGAAUUUAACUCUGCUGGUCAUCCUUUGAACCUUUUAAUUAAUAAUGCAGGGGUUAUGAUUCCACCAUUUACACUUUCUCAAGACAAGAUUGAAUUACAAUUUGCAGUAAAUCAUUUAGGUCAUUUUCUUUUGACAAAUCUUUUAUUGGAAAACAUGAAAAAUACAGCUAAAAAUAGCAAAAAAGAAGGAAGGAUAGUAAAUGUUGCAUCAGCAGCACAUGAUUUUGCAUAUUCUCAAGGAAUUAUUUUUGAUAAAAUUAAUGACAAAGAGAGCUACCAUAGAUUUCAUGCUUAUGGCCAAUCAAAGCUUGCUAAUAUACUGCAUGCAAAUGAACUCGCUAUUCGUUUAAAGGAAGAAGGAGUAAAUAUUACUGCUAAUUCUGUUCAUCCUGGACCAAUUGCCACUAACAUUAUGCGUUAUGACAAUAUCCUUCUAACAGGAAUAGUUAACUGGAUUGGGAGAUAUGUGCUCAAGAGUAUUGAACAGGGAGCAUCAACUACAUGUUAUGUGGCUUUGCAUCAACAAGUAAAAGGAGUAAGUGGUGAGUACUUUUCAGAUAACAACAUAGCUACAAACAAAACAACUUCUUUGGCUAAGGAUUUAGAUUUAGCAAAGAAGUUGUGGGAGUUUAGCUUGGAUUUGACCAAAUAGGAUUGUCAAAUGGGCGAGUCAGGUUGAAUCUCGAUGAAUCUAAGACAUGAUGAGUUAAUAAAUAGACGGGUUAAAAUUAAAUUUUAGUUGAGAACCUUUAUUCAUCAAUUCCUAAUUUGACUAUAUUAUCAUGUCUUUGUAUUUUGUUUGUUGGGCUAAGUCGAUUCAAAGAUGUUUUUAGCAUCGUGUGAUAUUGUCUGUUUUGGACCACGUCCACAAAUCAGUUGAGAUGCGCAAACUAACCCAAACUUGAAUUAAAAAAACGUAGAUACCUGUGUUGAUGAAAGGUAAUAGAUUUUCACCAGGUUUACUAUAGAAUUAGCCGACUUAUACGCAAACUGACUUUGAACACCACGGUUAUCCAGAUGUCAAUACUCAUGACAAUUUGCAGGACUCAAGUGGCAGUUACUAUUCAAAUGUCCAUGAGUUUUUCAGUCCGCUUGUAAAGCUUCACGACUAUUAAGAAAUGAACCUUAGACCUAACCCGACUUCAAAAUUUGUCUUAUGAAUCAAUGUAUACCAAGACCAUAAUGAGACUAUAAAACUCGUAUCGUCAACCAAAUGAGGGCGCAAUAUUGGGUAAACCAUGAACAAGGAUUAGUCUGACUCUAAUUCUAUAUAAAGAAAAUGGAGAUUGGACUCGCUCAACCCCAAAAACUUCCCCGUGAGGGGAGGAUGAUUCAAACUAUAUAGAGAGAUUACAUCCCAUACCCUCAAGGCUUCAACAGGUAAAGUUGUUGUCAUGUGACCAGGAGGUCACGGGUUCAAGCCUUGGAAUCAGCCUCCGGCAGAAAUGCAAGGUAAGACUGCAUACAAUAGGACCUUCCUCGAACUCUGCGCAUAGCGCAAGCUUUAGUGCACCGGGCUGCCCCUUCUUACCCUCAACGGGAAAUGAGUUUCUCCCAUCACGAGAUCAAUAGACGACAACAUAUAACAGAUUCAUACAGCUAACUGCAAUGUAUGAAACAUCUGUAAACUGGGAAUGAUGCAAUAUGUGACGAUGGCAUUCCACCAAACCAAAACGAACAAAGAAGUAGUUCGAGAUGACAAAGUCAUGGCAAAACAAGAAAUGCCAUCAGCUUAAAAGUAUGUCCUGACUGCAGUAAAGAUGCAACAGUUCCAGGAAGUAUACUUACACUGAAUCAUAUUUGGUAGCACAAAGGUACAGCAAUGUAUACUAUCUUCGAACAACUUGAUUAAUUCUCUUCUGGAGCAACUUGAAAGGCUAUUGGGAUCGAUACCUUCAACUUAACUUGGCAUGGAAAAGAAAACUAUUGUUCUUAGCAGCUUUUUCUACCUACCCGACCUCAGCUUUAGAAGUUAACUUUAAGCAAAGUAGACAAGAACUAUAUAACAAAAGAGCCAUACAUUCAACAAAGACUUAAUAGUGAAGAAAUGAACAAGAUUGAAACAAAAAAAGAAUCACAUUUCGGCAUUUCAUUAGCGUUGUAUAAAUACAAUUCUGUGCACAUAACAGGUUAGAGGAACUAAAUAAAACAUUUACAAAUAAUAAAACUAGUCACUAACCUUCUUUUACCAAUCAAUAAAUCAAUCAAUGAACCGCGUCUCAGUCCCAGACAAGUUGGCUUCAAUGCCACGACCUACUCCUACCAA